AAGAAAGCCGAACAAGUAUGGAGAUACUGCCAAUGAACUUGGCAAGAGACGGCGGAUUCUGCCGCAUUUCAUGCUGAGUUAGACUAUCCUUUCUGAUCCCAUCGUACUAUCUUCACUAAUCUCACCUUCGUUCUCCUCUCCUUCUCUCAUAGCUUGCACUUUGCUUUCUCGAGUGUUUGAGGGUCCAACGUUUGACUAGGAGGACUGUCCUGCACUGCAUACUCUAAUAGUGGUUAGCAAGCACUUCGAUCACCAAGCUUUACUUGAUCUGAGUCUUUUGAACCGAUCCUUUGGCGAGUUUCGUACUAAGAGACCAAAAGUACGGCCAACUUCGUGUAAGCGUACCAGCGUUGUGUCGGGCAAGGAGGUUUGGUCGAGCAUGUCUGUCGCCAUCGAUCUUGACCUUGGGAUCGAUCCGAGGAGGAAGAACUUCUUCUGCAACUACUGCGGAUACGAGACAUACUGGUCUCCUGCGUUCAGCAGGCACGAGAAGGAGUGCCAGUGGAAGAAAAUACUGGACGGGAACGAAGACGAGAUCGUCGCGAAUCAAGCGAGCCCGCCUGGAAGCCAUGCAGGAUCAGAAGUUAUGGCAGGGAACGAUGGUGCUCAACAAAAGUUUGUUGAGGAGAAGAGAAGAGUUCCUCCUGCUGUUCUUUCUCACUCCAUCUACGAUGUUCCCCCAGCUGCCUGGGAAGUGCAACUUGCAAAGUGCCCGAUGGAGGUAGACAACGUUGAAGACUCGGAGUGCACAGCCGACUCUUCGUCUGAUCUUGCCCCUCACAAUGACGA